GAUCUGGGCCAGCCCACUAGUUUGGCCCAUUCUCGCACAAAGGUUACAACCCCCAAUGGCCCGGAAAAAGUCGGUGACGAUCCGCUAUCCAUCAAACGGGUCGGGCCGGUUGGAGAUCAUUGGGUCAAUGUCACUAAAUGCAAGAUGGAAGCCUUCUCCUUCAAUGUCACACCUACACAAUUGAGCCAUCUUCAAUCAAAGCUAAGUCCAAAUGGAACUCAAUUUGGUGCAUUUGAAGCUCUUUCAGCUGUCAUUUGGCAAUGCAUUGCCAAAAUUCGGGAAUGGGACUCCAAUGUUGUGACAAUUUGCAAGGGAAGUGAAGAAAGCAAGACGUGUGAUGGUACUUUGAGCAAUAGUCAAGUUGUGAGUGUGGUUAACGCUAAUUUUCAGAUAUUGGACUCCAACCCUAGUGAGCUAGCGUUGUUGGUGCAAAACGGGGCGUUGGAUGAGAGAGAGAAGAUCGAAGAAGCUAUGGAGAGAGAUGGCGGACUGCCAGAUUUCAUCGUUUAUGGUGCAAAAUUGACUUUUGUGAACCUUGAAGACGCAAGAUUUUAUGCGUUUGAGUAUAGGGGGCAGAGGCCGGUCAACAUUAGCUAUAGGAUUGAGGGAGUUGGAGAGGAAGGGACAAUUUUGGUGCUUCCGGGGCCGAAAGGGGACGAUGGGGGGAGGAGUGUUAUGGCGAUAUUGCCGGAGAAUGAGAUUGAAGAGCUUAAAUUGGAGUUGAAAAGGGAGGGUCUUAUGGCAUGAACAAGUUAUGAAUGUGUUGUGCAUCCAAAUAUGGACUUUUCAUUGUGGUUUGAGUGAGCCUUUUUCUUUUCCUCUUAUCUAAAGCUUUUAAAUUUUAUGUAAUGUUCUUCAUGAGCAAUGGCAAAUUUAGAAGUUGUGCAUGUAGUUCUUCUACCAAUUAAUCAUAUCAACAAUUCUUCAAGACUUGACGACAGAUUGUUUAGGAAAUGUUGGUUGUGGAAAUAAAUGGUAAAAUAGUAUUGUUUCUUGCAAAUAGUGGUUAUAUUAAUAAGAUCUUCGAGUUGUGUUCUUU